CAUGCGUCGGGGACGGAAGUGCUGCUGUCCGCAUGACGUCAUCUGCAGGUUCCUGUGCAGAGCAGCGGCGCUUCUGAUAGUGAAUUAUUUCAUUUUUAUUCAUCAUAUCUGAACCAGUCUGAUCUUUGACUGCUCUAGAUCAACAUCCAGUUAUUCUCGACGAGCUUCUGAAGGAUGACGUCACCGGGUGGUCAGGGGGGCGGAGCUCUGUCGACGAGGGGCGGAGCCGCGACCAAGAGGAUGAAGUGGGCCAUAGAGCUGAGCCUGGGCAACAGCAGGAGUCGCAGUGACAGGCAGAGUAAAGACGGAGAUGUCAUGUAUCCAGUGGGAUACUCCGAUAAACCCGUCCCGGACACCAGCGUACAGGAAGCCGACCGCAAUCUGGUGGAGAAGAGAUGCUGGGACGUGGCUCUGGGGCCGCUGAAGCAGAUUCCCAUGAACCUCUUCAUCAUGUACAUGUCUGGAAACACCAUCUCCAUAUUCCCCAUCAUGAUGGUGUGUAUGAUGGCGUGGAGACCCAUCCAGGCGCUCAUGUCCAUGUCAGCCACGUUCAAGCUGCUGGAGAGCUCGAGUCAGCAGUGGCUGCAGGGUUUGGUGUAUCUCAUCGGAAACCUGCUCGGCUCCGCCCUCGCCAUCUACAAGUGUCAAUCAAUGGGGCUCCUCCCAACACACUCCUCUGAUUGGCUGGCGUUCAUAGAGCCGCCUCAGAGAUUGGAGAUCAUGGGCGGAGGAAUGGUCAUGUGACACACUCACACACACACACACACACACACACACACACACACACACACUCACACACACGCUGCAUAUUUAACAUUAACAUUUUUAACCCCACACGCUGAUAAUUAAGUUAUACUUUGUAAUUUGUGUUUAAUGGAGAUCUUUUAUGUUUUGUUCUGUUUCAAAUUAAUAAAGUUUGUUUAAUGUUUUGCUGCUUGGA